UCUGGUGGUUUCAGCAAUCUGUUUGAGGCAGGAACCGGUGUGAACGCACCUGCAGAUGCCUUUGGUCAGUCUCCAGCUCACUUGGCUGCUUGUGGCGGUGAAGCUUUUUUCCUACUUUGGCAACUGCAGACAGGAGCGAAUUUGAACCAACAGGACUGCCUUGGAGAAGCCCCAAUUCAUAAAGCAGCAAAAGUUGGGAGUUUGGAAUGCCUUGCUCUCCUUGUUGCUGGCGAUGCCAAAAUUGACUUGUGCAACAACAGUGGACAAACAGCAGCAGACCUCGCACUGGCUUAUGGCUUUCUGGAAUGUGCCAAGUUCCUCGCAACAAUUCAGCACACUCAGACAAUGAAAAUGAGAGGACAGCCUGGCUACUCACUAAGUGACAAACGUGGCUUGCCCAGAGAGGAUCUAGCUGCACAGAAACAAGAAAGUGAAAGCAGCAGAUCCGUAAGCAGGAAGAGGAGAAGAUCAGAUGGUGUGUAAUACUGUUGGUUUACUACAAUUCAGAUAUUUUUCUUUUUUUUUUUUUUUAAACGAUUUUAGCAUUUAAGUAAAUAAAUUUGGUGUUAGAUACACAGCAGUUGCACUUAGAAGCCUGCUAGUAAAGAUCAACUUGCAUAGAUAUUUAAGGUUACGGUCUUAUCAAAAAUGGAUAGUACAUGGGGAAUGCCACCAAAAAGUCUACUUUAACAAGGA